CGCUCCGAUUACACUUGUCGUUCAGUUCAUAUGAAACCAUCGCUGAUGUAACUGCCUCGACCUGCUGCAUGAGAUAUUUUUUUAACACUGCGAUUUUUUAACACCGCGAAUCCACAUGUACUGAAAUAUCGUAAUUUUUCACAGUGCAUUUUGUGACAAACUAGUCACGAGUUUUACUCGAGAACGGUUACGAAUAGGAGAUACGCAGUUAUUAGUGGCAUGUCAACCACGAGCUACGUCGUACUUGCAGACAGGCAAUUAUGGAUCGUUGGCUUGGUAAAACCGCAGUCGUUACCGGCGCUGCAUCCGGCAUCGGCGAAGCAAUUACACGUGCUCUUCUGCAAAACGGAGUGAACGUGGCUGCUCUGGAUGUCCAGAAAGAAAGAUUAGCAAAACUCGAUGUGGAAUGUAAGCGAGAAGGUUUCCCCGGCACGUUACAUACUAUAUGCUGUGACGUAGCUCGCGAGGAGGAGAUUGAUGCAGCAUUCUCGUACAUUGAGGCAUUAGGUGGUGUUGAUAUUAUGGUCAAUAAUGCUGGUGUUGUCGAAUAUUCACGAGUAAUAGAGAGCGACAGGAAGGCAUUUGAAAGACUGUUAAAUAUUAAUGUCCUCGCAGUCGCUGUGUGUACCAAUAAAGCAGUGCGUUCAAUGCGCAAACGAAAUGUCGAAGGACAUGUUUUCAAUAUCAACAGCGUUCUGAGCCACUAUAUACCAUUCAAUUUUGCGAAUUGUAAUCUGUAUCCUGCCAGUAAGCAUGGAUCUAUUGCUUUGACUCACACAGUACGACAAGAAUUAGCGGAAGUUAAGGCUUCUAUUCGAAUUACCAGCAUUAGUCCUGGUAUUGUGAAAACAAAUAUAGCUGCACAUUCAGAGACAAUGAACGAGCUUUUCGAAAAAGUGCCAACUCUUAAUCCCAAAGACAUAGCGGAUGCGCUCAUUUAUGCUCUUGGAACGCGACCGGAAGUUCAGAUUACAGAGCUUACCAUCCAGCAUACCGGCGAGAUUCCGUGAAGAAUAUCAUCAGUAAGAUCCUGGUCUUUUAAUGCAACAACUUCACAAGAAACAACUUUACUUUAAUAAUAAAGUAAGAAACUCGGAGGAGUUUAACUAAGCUUUCAUGUUGCUUUGCAUUUUUUAUGUGAAUAUAAAAUUUUUAUGUCUAAGUUAUUCUUUCUUUCUAAUACUGAUUACAUUUCACUCAAUAGUUUUAAUAUGUAUAAUUUUCUUUAACGUACGUCUAAUUAAAGCUAAAUAACGCGUGCGCGCGCGAUAAAGAUAAACAAUGUAAUAAAAUCUGAGGCAAAAAUUUUUAUCGCGUUUUUGUCGUAGAUACCUACAUUUGUUUCAUAAAAGUGCACGAAAAAUGACAUCGCAAAGAUAUUUUUUUGUGCAUUCUACACGCAAGAGUGUAUACUCGAAAUAUAUGGCCACUAUGCUAUCAGGAGACAAAUAUCGGCAAUCGUAUCUCGCUGCGUUUAUUUCGCGCGAUGCCUUAUCCUUGUCUGUAUCGUUCUAAAAAGAUAUACUCGAAAUUCCGAUUUGUGAUCAAUUCCGCUUAUCGCGUAGCAACGUUAUCGGCACAUAUAUUUGCGUGUAAUCGUUGCAUUCAAAUUUCGACGAAGUGACUGCUACACUAGUGGUUACAUCCUGCUUCGCGCAUGACAAAUAUAGUGGUGUCAUUUGGCAUUUAUAUGAUCGAAAUGCGCAUUUCCUAUACACAAACGCGCGUCCCCUCAUAUCUACUAGUCUAUCUGUGUGAAAGCUUCUAAACACGAACUUCCGACAAUAGCGGCUCACACUGUACCGAGCUUGACUGUCAGCUAGGGAGGCAUUUGAGUGCGAGCGAUAGUUAAGGUGUCAAACAAGUUCCGUCGUGCUUCGAGCAGUUCGAGGGAAUCGCGUCGCAUUAUCAGGGAAAUCGAUUUUCCCGGCAUGCAUCGAAUGUCGGGUCCUGUCAAAAUCUAAGUGUACCUACGCCUCGUAUUCUAAUUCUGCGAUUAGAUCUCGUUUCUCGCAACGUAUAGUGAGAUUGUAUACCUAUUCAAUUCAUCGCUUUGAAGGCUGCAUAAUGCACAUGAUAUAAUGCAGUCAGGAUAUUUUUUCUUUUAUAUAGAAAUAAAAUACAAUAUUAUAUUAGGAAGAUUGGAAAAUAUGGUAUGUCUAAAUAUAUUAUGUAAACAUAUUAUGCAGUUUUUGUUGAUAAAAUUUAUUAUUUAUUUAAUAAUAUAAUCGCUAUUAUAUUUUUUAUGUUAAUUGUUUACUUACUUAAUUUUUUGUAUCUUUUCUUGAAAAAGCUGAUUGGCUUUGAAUCGAAAAAUGUGGAUAAAGUUGUACGAAUUUUAUUUGGUUUUUCUUCAUAAAAAGUGCUCCAAUAAUCGAAAAAGAUAGUUCAACGAAUAUGAUGGAUGAAAGAGUAUCCUAAUUUUCAUUUUUUAUUACGUUUAUUUUAUUAUAUGCGAUCGAGCUUUAUGUCAUGUUACAAAAUCAAAGCCAGUUAACUUUUAUAAGAAAGGAAUCAUUAAGAAAUAAGUGCAUGUUUAUCAUAAAAAAGAAUGGCGAUCAUAUUAUUAAAUGAAUAAUAAGUUAUGAUCAAAUCUAUAUACUAAUUACAUUAUUUAUAAAAUUAUUAUUUUUCUCUCUAUAAUACUUAUAUAGCUACAUAGAUAUAUGAUAAUUUAUAUGUAUAGUUAUAUAUGUAUGGUUAUUCCUUUUAAACACUUAUCAGGAAAUACAUUGUAGGCACUUUAAGUUAUGAUAGUCGCGCGCUAUUACUUUAUUUGCUACGGUACAAUUAAUAAUGCGAAGACAUGCAAAGAAUCCGUUGCUUUUAUUCCUCACUUUUAGAUGCUCUUAGCUGUUACAUUAAGGAAAGGCGAGGGUUUAUAAGAAGCAAGAUGUAAAGAGCGUGGAAGAGCAGCAGAAUGAUGAUCGAUAAAGACGUACUCGGUGCUUCAUGGGGCUGUCCGUACGGACGGGAGAGAGAAAGAGAGAGCCGGCAUUUAGGAAUUUAUAUUAAAAUAUGUAAAUCUAUCGGCGCGGGCAUAUUUGAAAACAGAUAAAUUAUGCCGGCCGUGUAUUGCGUUCUCGUGGUAAAAUAUCGACAGUGCAGCGGUGCGGGGUGGGAUUGAAGCUAACGGACAGAAGCGGAGUUCCUCGCAUAACAGCACGUUCUGUCGGCCAGUAGAAAUGCGAUUUAUGACGAUUAUUGUGUAACGAUUAUAAAUUAUCUCUUUAUUUACGCGGGACGGCAGCAGAGUUCGCGUUCCCAUUGUUUUUCAAUGUCUUUCGCGUCUUCCUCAAAUAACAACACCUGAUGCUUCCAAAUUCUGUCGCUUCGUUUAGCCCGUUUACAUUGCGUGGCGACGAGUUUAUCUCGCAGAUUAGCAUUGUCAAACAAACUUGUCUGACAAAAUGCAAAUGAGAAAUUAAGUACUUCAAAUGAAGCCGAUAUGUUCUAAUCAGUGCAAGUUUUUAAAACAUUUGGCUACUGUAUGUAAAACUUAAUAAACUUAUACAUAUAUUGGAA